AUGAGGGUCUCCGCCAUUGCCUGCGGGCUUUUCGCCUGCUUCGUUUCCCAGGUCGCUGCCACGGCAUUGACCUACAAGCUCCACGCCAACGAGAAGGCCUGCUUCUACGCCAAGACCCAGAAGGAUAACGAGAAGAUUGCCUUUUACUUUGCCGUCCAAUCCGGUGGUUCUUUCGAUGUCGACUACACCGUCACCGGCCCGGGCAACAAGAUGAUCCUCGAUGGAGCCAAGGAGCGCCAGGGCGACUUUGUCUUCACGGCCCAGCAGAUGGGCGACUACGAGUUCUGCUUCAACAACGAGAUGAGUACCUUUGCCGAGAAGUUUGUCGACUUUGAGAUUGCCGUCGAGAACGAGGUUCGCGCUCAGCUUCCCGCCAAGCAGGGUGCCUCUCCCGAACAGCACUCCACCCUCGAGGAGACCAUCUUCAAGCUCUCCGGCCAGCUCUCGACCAUCUCGAGAGGCCAAAAGUACUUCCGCACCAGAGAGAACCGCAACUUCAGCACCGUCCGCAGCACCGAAGGCCGCAUCAUCAACUUCAGCAUGAUCCAGUGCGCCCUCAUUGUGCUCAUGGGAGCUCUGCAGGUGUUUAUCGUUCGCUUCUUCUUCCAGGGCGCGCGCAAGGGCUACACACUUCACAACCUCACACGCGCAUUCUCCCAAGAUCAGCGAUACCUAUGGACCCGAAAUCGCAUACGCCAGCCCAAUCCGCCGCGCCAACGAGCACCUCCAAAACAACACACCACCUCUGCUGAGGUGGAUCGCGACUCGUCAAUGCCGAGGGACUCGCGCCGCAGCUCCAAACACCCAAAGAAGCACCAGGAACAGCCAAAGGAGGAAUGGUACAUCAUUAAAGACAUCCUACAAGAAAGGCGAAACGGCUCGAAUAUCGAAUAUCUCGUCGAUUGGGAAGACAACCCGGAAACCGGCGAGCGAUACCGUCCCACGUGGGCCCCAAGCAAGGACGUCACUUCGAAAGCGAUCUUCGAUUGGAGAAGGAAACUCGACUUGGUCUAUCAGGAGGACCGUCCCCCGCCAGCAGGAGAAUCUGUAUUGCGAGACGUCCGAGGUGUAGCACAGCAGGGCUCACCGGCGCGUACUCCGUCCACCAGUUCGAUAGACAGUAGCCAGCCCGUGCAGACGGCAAACAGACGCAGGAGACCGCAGUCUAGGCAGUCAGAAGACCUGCAGGAUCCAGACUCGGACAACGACUCGAGCCCACCUCAGCAGAAGCGGUACCCUAGUGAGGUUCCUUCCCUGCUGUCGUCGGCAUCAGAGGUUGAUACCGACGCUGCCUCGGAUGUUGCAUACAACAACACCACGACCAGCUUCUUCGUGGCGAUUCCCUCCAAAGUAGAUCGCGACUUUUCAGAAUACAUUAGUGUAUCCGACUCGCAGGGGUCAACCUCCCUCAGCUCUCAACCCAUCUCGGCCCUUGAAGACGAGGACAGCCAAGUGGUGAUCACUGAGGGCCUCAGUCAGAGGACGAUCCCCGAUUCUCAAGAGUACUCAGCAUUCGAUACCCAGGACUCGCUGUUCUCCAGCAGACAAGGAGCCUCGACGAGCAACAAAGGGGACGCCUGUGUUGAGCGUGAGAUUCCGGAUUCGCAAAAGCAGUCUAGCCUCAGGACCUCCCUGAGUAAGUCUACGGAUUCCCAGGCCCGACUCCUCAGUGCACCGGAUCACCGUUCACACUUCUUUGUGCGUCGGACACCCUUGGAGUCGCCUCGCCCGGCAUCUCAGAAUCACCCACCGGAGCCGGUGUCGUCGGGUUACAUCCCUUUGACGCAGAACAGCCCUGGACCAAGCCAGGGCCCAAGCUUUGACCUCGACCAAGCCUCACCUUUCCAUCGGCAUUCCGCCGUAGAGCCUGCAGCAUCGCAGCCACCUCGACGCGCCUCGCGUGAACACGACUCCCUUCCUUCAGUCUCUGAUAGGUCAAUUCCAUCGCAUCAGGUCGACGAGCUGCGCGCAGUCGAGCAGGCUGAAAACUCCGCCAUUGGAGACUAUCCCCAGGACUCGCAGCCCACCAGGACGCCUGUUUUCCUCACCCAGCCUGCCUUUGAUUUCGACACCUCGACUUCUCAAGCAACUUCAUCGGCGAAGAGCGCCUCCAGCAAGUCGCAACAACAGACCGAAAAUCAGGAGUGGGCGAUUGAGCAAAUCAUUGCUUGCUCUGAUACACGCCCCAGCCAGAACACGCAAGCUGCUCAAGUCGUCCAACCUCUCCUAGAUAUUUCCGCAAGCCAGAGUUCCACGGAAGAGCCUGUGGUCCCUGAUACCGUCCGUCGGAGACCUUCGCGCAUACGCUUCAGUGCCACAGUCGCCAGUUCAGGGUCGCCUCCAUCGCAACGCGACGAGGACGAGGUUUCCGAGGCCGACAGUUUUCAGACUUGCUUCGAAAGACGGUCACUCCCCCCUCAUCCUUCAUCAUCCAACAGAUCCCAAGACGCUGAUCGGCCGCUGAGUCUACCCCCAGCCAUGGAUACUUCGGGCGACGAACCACUCUCUGCGAUAGAGGAGCUGAUGAGGAUCCAAGAAGCUGCGCUGCAAGGCACAUUAGGCGAGGCAGGGUUGACGAGUCCGACGACUGACUCGGCUCAGAUUCGUCACGAUGGCCCCUCAAUGGACGCAGAUCUUGCAUUCUCAGCGCCCAUGGAUCAUCCAUCCAUCCAAAUCAACUCGCAGCCGCCUCUCACAGGAAACUGGACCAUGGGAGAGCCAGUCACGUCGUCUACAGAUAUGCCUAGACUUACCGGCGCUCCGGUCGAGCCAGCGAUGAAGCCCCUGAUCCACGAAGAGCACCAAACUGCUAGCAUGGGAGACAUCUUUCCCAGCAAUCUCAUGCCACCUGAAGCCGCUGAGCAGCUUCCCAUCACCAUAUCCCCCUCAGACAUAAGCAGAUCAGUCGAGCCCGAAGAGGCAUCGAACACACUUCCUCAGCCCGAGGACCAUCCUAUGGACAUGCUGCCGGAAGACCAGACCACCGCAGGCGACCAGAGCACCGUCACUUCGCCGGACAUUGAAGAGCCAUACCUUUCAGGUCCCCCUACGGCCGUGGACCAGAGCGAAUACUUGGUUACGCUCUCGUUCCCGGCCAACAUUCGCCCCCUGUAUCGGAGCACCAUCAAAUCCUAUCGCAAUGUGAUUGAGCAGUUCACCAAGGAUAUGCAGUCCGAGGAAGACGUCCCCGAUAAAAACGCUAUAGAGUCUAUCGGCAAAAUGCUCAACCAGCUUCGCGACAUUUGCGACAUGCCCGCGCCUCUCGACGGUGACUCGAUUGAUGCCUUGUCCGCAGAAGACCUCAAGAAGCAUGCCAUGGGCACCAAUAGCAAGUUCUUCUUUGUGGGUAGGUUUCUCGAGCGACUCCAGACAAGCCACAAGAAGAUACUCAUUGUUGCGCGUGACAUCAACGUCAUUGGUUACCUCGAGGCCAUUGUCGGCACCGGGGAGAUGGCGUACUCCCUAAAGGGGUUGCAUGAGCUGGAAAGCCAGGAUGAGCAUUCGCUGCUCGUCGUUCUCGUGCACUCCGAGCAGGCUCUCGUCGAUGAUCUGAGCGACUUUGACGUUGUCAUUGGAUUCGACAAUGGCAUUUUGCAGACAGACCUCCUCGACCAAUGGAGCAAGAUGAAUGGGAAGAAGCCAAUGCUGCUGAGGCUCACGACGACGUGCUCUAUCGAGCACCUGGAGCUACUGUUGCCGGCGGAUUUCACGGGCUUGGUACGACAGAAUGCGCUAUGCAUCGCCGUGUGUCAGUCAAGAAAGAUGAGCUAUCUUGACGAAAGAGAUAACCAGGGGGUGAUGAUUGAUCACUAUGCAGUUUCAUUUGCCAACCAGGCGAUCCUUCCCGACCCCGGCUUCGAUUGGGACCCCGAGCUUAUCCCCUCCUCUGUUCUCGACUUGUACUCGAGCAGCCAGCCCGAGAGCCAAGCAGAGGAGCCGACCCGCAAGCGCAAGACUGAUGGCGAGCAGCAGCAAGCUGUCAAACGCCUUCGGGUCAGCCCACUCCCUGGACAAGAGCCGGGAGACAUCGACGCGGCGGUCCGCAGUCAGCUCAAUCCUCGACCGUCGCAGCUGCACGUCCAGACGACCCAGGAGCAUCUGGACACUCUGACGGAUAAGGUGUCCGAACUCGAGCAUCAGCUAGAGGAGAAGAACAGCAUGGAGUCCAACCUCCGAAAACAGGUCAUCAAUCUUUCCAAGAGGGUCAAGAGCUACGACGAGACCACCAAUUCUAUUCAGGCGGCACACAUGGCGUCGCUUCGGGAACGGGCCAAGUUCGAGGCUGAGCGCGAUGAAGCAAAGAGAAAGGAGGAACAGGCUCUGGAGAAGAGCCGUGAGUGGCAAGACAAGGCCCAGGAUUUGGAAGAGAAGUUGAGGGCCAAGAGCGCCACUCUCGAAGAAGCUCUCGUCAACGCCGGCACCGUCGCGACGGAGACGUUCAAAGAGAAGACGGCAGAACUCGAAAAGGCCUUGGCCAAGGUGGCGGAGCUCGAGAAGAAACUCGAGAGCCGGGACGGCGAGCUAAGCUACGCGAGAGACGCGUACCAGACGGCCAACCAUUCCAAUAGCGAGCUCUCGCGAGAGAAUCGUGAGCUCAAGGAACAGGUGGCCGCGUUGCAGUCGUCGGCGCCGGGCAACCUCGCGCAGGUCCUCAACGUCACGGCCAACGCCGGACAGCAGGUCAAGGAGAUGCAGAGGCAGAUUGCCGAGACCAAGGCCAUCACCAAGGACCGCGAAAAGGAGCUCGCGCGCGUGGAGAAGGAGCUGCGGGCGCUCAAGAACGGACGCAGGGAGACGAGGCAGCAGAGCGUACCCCGAAGCCCGCGGCUGAGCGUCAUGAGCCCGCGAACGGGACGCGUUGCGGGUGGUGGUAAUGGUGGUGGUUCGGCUAGUCGAGGGACGUCGCCUACGCCGCACGAGUCUGGCGGCGGUACGCCCGUUGCGGGUCUGCAGUUUUUUAACAACUCGGCCAACAACAGGUGGCCCCAUUUGCGGGAUUGA